AUGAAUUUAGUUAUUACCAUUCUCAUACUUCUCUUAUUGAAAAGGUAUUAAGCAUUCUAAGCUACUUAAGUCUUUUCUUCAUAAAAGAAUAAUCUUUACACAGCAGUAUUUUACUCUGAUGAUUAUAUCCUUAUUUCUAACUUAGAUUAUGAGGAAGAUCCAUUUUAUACUGUCUAAAUAUCUACUAAAAACUAAUAGAGUUAUGCUAAUCCUUCAUUCUGCUAAAACGCCUACCUAAAAGAUAUUGAUCAAUUAAUAAUUAUUGGUCUUAAAUAUGAAAUUAAAUAUGUUAAGAUGAGUGGUAUUUCUACAACUGAUGAAAAACAAGUUAAUAUUAUAGAAAAAAAUAAACCGAUUAGUUAAGUUUUUAUCCUAAACCCAAAUGAAGAAGUGUAUGCUUACAGUAAGGACUCUCAAAGAGAAGUUUAUUGGUAUGAGAGUAAAACAUAAUAAAAAGCUAAAUUAACUGGUUGUGAUAAAUAGAUAAAUGGACUUUUUGAAUAUGGACCUACUAUGAUAAUAGCUCUAUGUGAAAAGAAGCUAAUGUAUUGGAUGAAAAAAGAUAGUAAAACAUUAGAGAAAAAUGAUCUAAAUCAUGAUAGUAUAAACCCUUAAUAAUUUUCUAUGGUAUUUAAAUAAGAUAAAGAAAAGUAUAAAUUUAUUUUAAUAAUUGAUAAAAAAAUUUAAUAUUGCAGUGCAGAUACAAUGAGUAAUAAAGUUAAUUAUGAAUUUUCAGUCGAAAUUAAAAGUAUACCUAAAGAAGUUAAUGUGUUAAAUGAAAAUAUAUUUAUUAUAGAUACCAACAGACAGAUAAUAUAUUACUAAAUUGAUGUUCUCAAAAAGACAAUAAAUUAACUUAAUAUUUAUUAACAUAAAAAUGAUAUAAGCAAACUUUAAAUUUCUCCAAGUGGACAAAAUUUAGUUUUUAUUGAAAGCAAAUAAACUGUUUAUAAUAUAAUAGUCUAAGAACCACCUUAAAUUGUCUGUAAAGCAGGAGAGAUGAAAAAGGAUAAUUCUUGUGUGAAAUGUGCUUACUUUUGUGAAACUUGCUCUACUGAUAUCAAUAAAUGCGACUCUUGUGUAAGUGGUAGUACUUUUAGAAAUGAUGUUUCAUAAAAUUGUUCUUGCUGGGAUUCAUAUUACGAUAACUUAAAUAAUCCUAUAUGCUUAAAAUGCCCUUAUAAUUGUAUAACAUGCCAGUUAUAACCUGGAAAUAAAAUACUAUAAUGUUUGUCUUGCAAAGAUAGUUUAGUAAGCAAAAGGAAAUAAAAUACAGAAGAUUGCUCUUGUUUAGAAGGGUAUUAUGAUGAUGGUUAAAGUUAAAAUUGUAUUAAAUGUCCAGAUAAUUGUUAAAUUUGCAAAUUUAGUUCUGGAAAAGUAUAAUGCUCAUAAUGUGUUGAUGGCUACUAUUGGAGUAUUCAGGCAUAAAUGUGUUAGCAAUGUAAUUAAAAAUGUCAAACAUGCGUAAAUGAGUCUUUUAAGUGCUUAUCUUGCUAUACUUCACAAAAUAGAGAGCUUAUAGGUUCAGAUUGUGUGUGCAAAUAGAACUAUUCAGAGUAAAAUUCUAGAGAGCCAGUUUGUUUAUUAAAUAAAGGCUGUGAUAGGACAUGUGAAAAUUGCUUGUAACCAAAUAAAGAAGACUAGUGUAUUACUUGUCCGUCAGAAAGAGAGCUAAUAAUAGUAGGAAAUUAAAAAUUUUGUAAAUGUAGGUCUGGAUAUUAUUCUUCACCAGAAUAAUAGUGCUUUUAAUGUCAUAGUAUUUGUAAAUCUUGUAAUGGGCCAACUGAACGUGAUUGUCUAAAUUGUUUAGAAACAGAAUAAAACAGAUAUUUUGACAUAGUAACUUAAAAAUGUAAGUGUAAGGAUGGGUAUUUUGAAGAAAAUAGUUUAUGCCAUAAAUGUGAUUCUAGUUGUAAAACAUGCUCAGGAGGUGCUUCUAAUUAAUGCAUAAGCUGCUACGAAAGCUAAAAUAAAAUUAAUUAAAAUGGUUAAUGUAUUUGUAAAGAUGGUUUUUAUCUAAGUAGCGAUUAAUGUCUAUAAUGUCAUAUUUCAUGCAAAACUUGUUUUGGUGAAGGAGAUAAUUAAUGCCAAACAUGUAAUGAGGUUGAGGGGAAAAAAUUAAAAGGUAGUAAAUGCAUAUGUGAGAUAGGUAAAUCCUAAGUUAAUAAUACAUGCAUACCUUGUGAUUUAACUUGCAAAACAUGUUCUGAUACAAAUAACUUAAAUUGUGAAUCAUGUGAUGAGAGCUAAAACAGAUAGUUAGUAAAUAAUAAAUGUCUAUGUAAAGAUGGAUUUUUUGAAUCUAAAAGUAAAUAAUGUGAAAAGUGUCAUGAAAACUGUAAAACCUGCAAAGGUCCAGAAAGUUCAUAGUGUACGACCUGUGAUGUUAAUGCAAACAAAAUAAUAUCGAAUUCAGAGUGUAUAUGCAAAGAAGGUUUCUUCUUGAAUAAUUGGCAGUGCUUUUAAUGUGAUCCUAGUUGUAAAUUAUGCAAUGAGAAAGGACCCAAUAGCUGCACAGAUUGUGAUGUAUCUCUAAACAAAAUUUUAAAAGAAAAAUAAUGUGUUUGCUAAAGCGGUUACUUUGAAGUCAAAAAUACAUGCUUGCGUUGCCACGAGAGCUGUGAAACUUGCUCUAAUCAAAGUAAAAAUUUUUGUUAAUCAUGCUAUUAAAAUUAGAAUAGAUAUUUGUCUAGUUAAGAAUGUUUAUGCAAAGAAGGAUACUUUGAACGAUCUGGUAAUUUAGAAUGCCAGAAAUGCAGUCCCUUUUGCUAGAAGUGUGAUAGUGAAAAAUGUUUAUAGUGUCUUCCAAAUUUAAAUAGAGGAAUUGACUCUAAAGGCUAAUGUGAGUGCUUAGAAGGGUAUUAUUCUAUUGAAGGAGAAAGUGCCUGCUUUAAAUGUGGCAGUUAAUGCAAAAGUUGUAUUUAAUCAGAAAGUUAAUGCACAUCAUGCAAUUCUGAUUUGAGAGUUUUAUCGUAAAAUUAAGAAUGUUUAUGUAAAGAUGGCUAUUUUGAAGAUCCUUCAUCAAAAUAAUGCUUAAAAUGUUAAAAUGGAUGUUCUUCAUGUUAAAGCUUGGCAGUAUGUUCAUAGUGUGAUGCUAAUUUUUAACUUGACUCAAAGGGAAUUUGCUAAAAAGUAAUUCCUUCUACAAUAUCAAAAGAAUAACUUAAAACUGUAAGCAGUGCGACUGAAUAAGCCACUACGGUUGUGAUUGGUUCUACUAUAACAUCAUCUUUCUUGCUUUAGUCAGUUCAGCCAAAUGCUAGUAUUGCUUCUUCAUUUUUAAAGCUGUAAAAACUUUACUUCCUGCUUUUAAUUAAGACAUCUUAUCCAGAACUUCUUUAGACAUUUUUUAAGGCAUUUGGAGGUAAGUCUCCCAUCGAUUAGAUAAACAAAUUUAAUUUAUUGACAAAACAAAUUUUUGGAGAAGAAAAGGGAACUUUAUUGCCAAAUAAAUUUGGCUUAGAAAAAAUUGGAGAAAAUAUCCUCUUUAAUUGUGGAGGUAGUAUUUGCAUAAUUAUUAUGUUUUGGGCAAUAUCUUUACCGUUUUUAAUCUAUUAUAAAAAUUAAUAAAAAAAAUAGCAAAUGGUAGAAGUUAAAGAUAAAUUUUUAAAAUUCGUUUGCUUUUUUAAUGAAAGUUUAUUUCCUUUCCUUCUUAUACUGAUACAUUAAAUAUUAAUUACGAUAGUCUUUUUUAGCACUGGGGUACAGUUCUAUUCUAUAGCAAUCUAUGAUGCUUAUGAAUUAGAUCUAAUAUUAGUUAAAAUGAUUGCCACUGUUAUUGUUUUGGUUUAUUUUUUAAUUUGUCUUUUCAAACUGUGUAAAUUAGUUAACAAUCAAAAUAACUACCAGCCUGAAAAUAUUUAUUUUAACUAGAAAAGUAUCGAGAUAUUAAUAUACGAAUAGUUCAAUUAAGAAACCAAAUCAUAACCAGAAUUAGCUCGAAAUUUUUAAUUAAUUUACAUUGUUUUUGAAAAUGUAUUAUUCCCUUUGCUAAUUACGUUUGCAGAAUCGAGCUUUAUGCCUUAAAUAUUCAGUUGCUUAUCAGUGCAGGUCACUUUAUUCUCUAUAUCUUUAUUACUAAGACCUUUGAAGACCUGCGCUUAGAAUGUUUUUCUUAUAAUUGAGCAAGCUCUAUGGGUGAUUGUACUUUUGGGUAUUUAUUUUGUAGGAAACAGAGUUUCUAAUUUGGAAAACUUAAAAAUCGUUCCAGAAUCUGAAAUAAAUCUACUGACAAACCUAAGCUGGAUUAUUAUGGCAUCUUGCUUAUUUAUUUUAAUUUUGAACCCUAUUUCUAUGUUCAUAGAUAUUUUUGUCAAAAGGAAAUUAAUAAAAUAAAAGAUAUAAGAAAUUCUAGCGGACAUAAAAGAGAAGAUUUGCAAAUAGAAAUAAUAAAAGAAAUAAGAAAUAACUGAAAACGAUCAGCCAGAUAAUAGUUUAUCAAUCAACUCAAAAAAUUUAUCUUACAACCUAAUUAAUUAAAAAAGUAUUAAAAAAUAUAAUUCAUCUAAAAAGCAAGACUCUUCUGGUAUGAGUAUCUUUAAGGUUAAAAAAUCUUAAAUUUAAGAAUGCCAUCUAAGGAAUAAUCAAUUUAUGUAAACUAAUAACAGCAGGCGUAUAAAUCUAACUUAGAAAUAAUCAAGUUACCAUAAAAAAGAAAAUUAAAUUGAAUUAUUUACUAGAAAAUGA